AUUAAAAGCAUUGAUCUCUUCAAACGAAAACAUUUGGACCUGACCAUGUUAAUAUUACGACAACGUACAACAAUCUGGGUUCGGUUUACAAAAACAUGGGAGAGUACGAAAAAGCAAAAGAUUUUUAUGAACGAGCGAAAGAAAUUGAAACGAAAGCAUUUGGACAUGACCAUGUUAAUAUUGCGUCAACGUACUUCAAUCUAAGUUCGGUUUACAAAGAUAUGGGACAGUACGAAAAAGCAAAAGAUUUUUAUGACCGAGAGAUAGAAAUUAAAACGAAAACAUUUGGACCUGACCAUGUUAAUAUUGCGUCAACGUACGUCAAUCUAGGUUCGGUUUACCACGAUAUGGGAGAGUACGAAAAAGCAAAAGAUUUUUAUGAACGAGCAACAGAAAUUCAAACGAAAACAUUUGGACCUGACCAUGUUAAUAUUGCGACAACGUACAACAAUCUGGGUACGGUUUACGAAGAUAUGGGAGAGUACGAAAAAGCAAAAGAUUUUUAUGAACGAGCGAUAGAAAUUCAAACGAAAACAUUUGGACCUGACCAUGUUGAUAUUGCGACAACGUACAACAAUCUGUGUUCGGUUUACAAAUAUAUGGGAGAGUACGAAAAACGUGGAGAUCAAUCAUUGCCGCUGAAUCAUGCAAAUUUCAAACUAUCGGCUGAUUUCAAAGAUGACCAGUUCUUUUGA